UUUAGUAUAAUAAAUUUAAAUGUAUUGCCUAUUAUUGCUAAUUAAAUAUUAUACAUGUUGCAUAUGUACGUAAAAAUAGUUUUUGCGUAUAAAAAAAAAAUAAGAAAAAAAAUUAAAUACUGAAUAUUGAGCAUUAUUAUAUAUAUCCAAGCAAGCAGUAAGCUUGGUGCCGAGAGACAAAAAGAGCUAUAUAAUAUUUUUAAAAGAAAAAGAAAGAUAAAAAAGAAAAAAAAAAGGUGAGGACAGAAAUAGAGGAUAGGUUGGUGGCGAGAAGAAAAUGAAAAAAAAAAUGGAAUGACUGUGGACGGUGUGAUGGCCGAGUAUAAGCGCCUGCUUGGUAAAUGUAUUUGGUUUGUGUGUUGCGGACUGUGUAUAUAAAGAGAGAGAGAGAGAGAGAGAGUAGAUCGGUCGUCGUUGUGAGUUUGUGAUAGUCGGAAAGAGACGAGUCGGAGCGAAGAGAAACGACUUCCACUGUACAUUUAGUUUGACGGGACAUAGAGGGGUAUACGAGGGGAGUAACGAAGAAUCAUUGUAAAUGGCUCAACAGUGUGUGGGGUGAGAGUAUAUGUGUGUAUAUGGAGGGGAAAUAAAGUGUCGGGAGACAGAGCGGCGCGGGGCAAAGUGAAUAGAAUAGUGGCGAGGCAACAGAGCAUACCACAGCAAGCCAAGAAGCGGAGUUUCAGUGGGUAGCAGUCGUAGCAUACAGGCAACACGUAGUGGGGAUAAAAAUUAGUUACGGCAUCCACCAAGACCUAAAAGGAACUCGGUUCGUACUCCGACUUGGCCACACUGUGCAAUGUUAUGCGUUAAGAUACCUUCGUGCGUGAUCGUGCUCCUCAUUGCAAUCGUCAUUGGCAAUAUUUAGUUGAGAUAGUGUUUGUGCAUCGCGUGAUCAAAAUAAUAUUAAUAAUAAACUUAAAAAAAAAAAAAAAACAAUAUACAAAAAAAUACAAUAUAUAUUUUAGUGUUUAAAAUUUUUUGUAUUAUUAUUAUUGAGUGUUUUGGAGUGAUUUUGAAGAAAAAAAAAACAGUUUUUAUUAUUUUAAUUAUUACUUUGUGUUGGAUAUUAUUAAAAAUGGCACAAACUGCUGGUAAAGUUUUAGUUAAUAAUAGUAGUGAUGCUAAUUUAGUGAAUAGUAAUAAUCAGCAAAUACUUUCGCCUGUUAGCCAGGCAAAAAAAAGAGUUGCCACGGUUGGUAGCCGACGGAUUUUUCCUGCAUCAUUUAAACUAUUAGUACUUGAUUCAUAUCGUAAUGAUGGAGAUUGUCGUUUAAAUCAAAGAGCAACAGCACGUAAAUGGAAUGUACAUAGACGACAAAUUCAAAAAUGGCUCCAAGGUGAAGAAAAUUUAAGAAAAUGUGCUAAAAAUUCAAAAAAUAAUUGUAUUGUAUUAACAAAUAAUGGACCAACAUUAAGUGUACCCAUUAAAAAUAGUAUUAAAAAUAGAAAACAAUUAAUAUUAAAUAAAUCAUCAAUUGAAAAUUCAAUUGUACCAUCACAACCAGUGCCGGCCUUGAACCUCAACCACGCCAGACUGCACGGCGACGAGCUGACGUCCCGACAAGGGCCCCCACCUAAUCAUGUUACUUCACAUCUACAAUGUGGGAUUUCGCCCACCUCAACCCAGUGCAUACAGCAUCCAUCUUCACCAAUAACAAAUGAUAUUCGAUUAAAUGGACUUAUAGAUGCUUAUUGUGAGUAUCCAAAUCAUCCACCAUCUCUUGCUUAUCAACAACAACAACAACCAAUGAUUGAGAUAAAUAAUAAUAAUAAUUUUACUCAUAGCAUAAGAAAAUUAUGUAUUCUCAGUGAAAUAUAUGAUCGUCAGGCAUACAAUGAUUAUCACAAUAUUGAUAGUAGCAGUAGUAGCAGUAUUAGUAGUGCUAGUAGUAUUAGUGGUACUACUAAUACAUUGUAUCAACAACAACCACAACAACAAACACCAGUAACAGCUUCUUCCUAUCUAACCAAUACAAGAUACAACAAUCAAGAAGAUCUGGAGAAUGCUUAUCUUGGUGUGCUUACACCCAAGUCGUCAUUGUCUAGUCAUGUGUCAUUUUGUCAUCAACAAGACAAAGCCUCAUCUGGAAAUGAUUUGCUCAUACCAGCAAUUAAAACAGAACGUGCUAGUCCAGAUUCACAAAUGAUACCAGUAUUGUGCAAUAGUAAUACUUCAGUAUCACACACACAUAAUACAACAACAGCUACAAAAAAUACUGGUGAUGAUGAUAUUUAUAUUCCAAAGAUACGUAAAGCAAUGAAUAAAUCAUUUGAAAAUAAUAAUAAAAAUAAUCAUCAAGUUUUUAUUAAAAAUGAAUUGCCAGAAAUGCUUAUGCCAAAUAAUCAAUUGAAAAUUAUGCAAAAUAAUAAUAGCAAUAUUGAGAAUGAACAAUUGAUUGAUGAAAGAAUAAAAAUUGAUGUUAAUUAUCAGCAUGAUAAUAAUAAUAAUGAUACAAGUGAUGUACAGACACAUGGUACUUCAAGUCCAUUAAAAGAAUAUAAUUAUUCUGCUUCACAAAGUCCAAGAGAAACAGCAAGUAUAUCAAGCAUAUCAUCUCAAAAUUGUUAUUGUGACAGUGAUCCACUUGAUUAUUCAUCAACUAAUGAUAGCCAUGGUAUGAAAAAAAAACCUCGUAGACGUUCAUAUUCAUUGAGAUUUAAAAAUGAUGUUCUUGAUGCAUUUUAUAAUGAUAUGGAAAUAGUUAAUAAUCAACGUGCAACUGCUAAAAAAUAUGGUAUUGAUAGACGUCAAGUACAAAAAUGGCUAUCUCAAGAAUUAAAAUUAAGAGGUGGAGUUUUAAUACGUGGUGGUGAUAUGAGACAAAGAUUAAGUACAUGUCAAGAAAUAACUGUACCAUUUGAAUCACCAGUUGAUUUACGUACACCAUCUGACAGUCAAAGUGAAAAUGAACAUGACAAUAAAACAUCAUCAUCAAUAAAUUAUUGUUAUGAUUCAUCAAGUGAAAAUAUUUCUUGUUAUCAACAUAAUAAUAAUAUUGAUAAUGAAAUACCAUCAAGAAUUUGUAAUUUUUCUUGUUGUUCUGGUAGAGAUACAUUUCCAACAAUAUCAUAUUAUCCAGAAUCACAAAAAAGUUAUUAUAUUGAUUCACAAUCAGGUUAUUAUUAUUAUCCACAAAAAAAACAACAAGAUAAUUUAUCAUCAACAUGUAAAUCAAGCUACUGUUGUGAUGAAAUUCCAUCAAGAAAACGUCAAUGUACUGAAUGGCCAGAUGAGGCAGCUCAAGAAACACCACUCUGUCUAGUCAAACCAAAACGUAUAUAUUCACCAGCAUCAUCAUCACCAUCAUCACCAGAUGAACCAGUUAGUAGUACUGUUCCAACACCACCAGUUUCAACAAUUAUUCCAGAAUCAACAAAAAAAGAUGCUAUUCUUUUUAGACCUUAUUUGGAUGAACCAAUCAGUAAGCCAACUAAUAAUUCUUCACGUCAAGGUGUUAUUGUUAAUGGUCAUAAUAUUAAUAAUAAUAAAAACAAUAAUGACAAUAACAAUAAUAAUAAUUAUCAUGUAAAUGAUAAACGUAAUUAUGAUGAUACUAAUGAAGUCAACUACAGGCUACCUGUCUCAUGGAGAACAUCUUAUAUACCUGAUGGACUAUGUAGUGCUUUUACAAGAUACCCCGUCAAUCCACAAUAACAAGUAAAUAUAUUUUUAUUAAUCAAGUUUCAGUUACUUGCCUUUAAUGGAUAUUUAUAAUGUUCUUAGAAAAGACCAUCAUCUAUGGCAACAUUUAAUACAUCGUUUAAUAGAGUUCAAUGACAAUCAAUUAAAGAUAUAAAUUUAUUUUUCUUUUUUAUUUCUAAACAUCACGUUAAUCGGACUUGUAUUAAAUUUUAUCACUGAAAUUUAUUUUGCUAGAUAAUUGAUAACCAGUGCCGAAAGUAUUUAUCUAAAGAUUAUAGAAAAAAAAAUAAAUAACAAGAAUGAUUUUAAUUAUUAUUAUCGACAUUUAUUUUUCAAU